AUGAAAUGGGUUUGCCUGCGCGAGUGCAGAAACUGGCUAGGCCUCUGAGCGUCGCUGUUGACCACCUAAGGAGUAAAAGACAGUCAACCAAUCCCACUGAAGGGCUGGCACAACACAAAGGACUGGCGGUUUGUCAGCAGCUUCCGGCCAGAGAAGAUGCAAGGAAAUUGAAAGCAGCGUCCGUUAGUUCUCUCUCCUCGGUGACCUGGAACCGGUGAAUACUGGUCGUCUCAGACCCUGGGGGAGUAAGGACUGGACUCACCGUGCUGGAAGCAGGUUCGGAGGAAACUCGGCUGCAGAAGGGAAAUGGCGACGCUGCAGAAGCUGCCCCGGUACAGAAUGCUGAUCAUGCUGUGCGCCCUUUGGGCCUCCCUGUGGGAGGCCAGAGCUGGACAGGUCCGCUACUCUGUGCCCGAGGAGCUAGACAAAGGCUCCUUCGUGGGCAGCAUCGCCAAGGACCUGGGGCUGGAGCCUCAAGCUCUGGCAGAACGAGGGGUCCGCAUCGUCUCCAGAGGUGGGUCGCAGCUCUUUGCUCUGAACCCGAGAAGCGGCAGCUUGGUCACCGCAGGCAGGAUAGACCGGGAAGAGCUGUGCGCCCAGAACACACCCUGUCUGAUGAACUUUAACCUACUACUGGAAGAUAAACUGACUAUUUAUUCCGUAGAGGUGGAGGUAACAGAUGUUAAUGACAAUGCUCCUCGCUUUGGAGUAGAGGAGCCGGAACUAAAAAUCAGCGAAACGACUACACCAGGAUUCAGGAUCCCUCUUAAGAGUGCGCAUGAUGCGGACGUGGGUGAGAACACCCUCCAGAAGUAUGAACUCAACUCAAAUGACCACUUCUCUCUGGAUGUGCGAACUGGGGCCGAUGGGAACAAAUACCCAGAGCUGGUGCUGGAGCGUGCCUUGGACCGCGAGGAAGAGGCAGUUCACCAUCUUGUUCUUGUAGCCUUCGACGGGGGAAAUCCAGUGAGAUCCGGCACCUGCCGCAUCCGCGUGAAGGUCCUGGACGCGAACGAUAACGCUCCUGCUUUUACACAGCCCGAGUACCGUGUGAGCGUUCCUGAGAAUAUGCCUAUAGGCACCCGGAUACUCACAGUGACAGCCACUGACCCGGAUGAGGGAUACAAUGCUCAAGUGACUUAUUUUCAGGAGCAAGCCCCUGGAGAAACUGCAGAUGUAUUUGAGCUAAAGUCAACGUCUGGAGAUAUAACAAUCACCAAAAGUCUGGAUUAUGAGAAAGCUAAAUUCCAUGAAAUCGAUAUUGAAGCUCAGGAUGGCCCAGGCCUUCUGACCAGGACGAAGGUCAUUGUCACCGUUCUAGAUGUCAACGACAAUGCCCCGGAAUUUUACAUGACGUCCGCCACUGCUUCUGUUCCUGAAGACUCUCCUCCCGGAACCGUAAUUGCACUUUUCAAUGUGCAUGAUAGGGACUCUGGGCAGAAUGCCGUUGUCACGUGUUCACUUCCUGAGACGCUUCCUUUCAAGUUGGAACGGUCAGUGGACAAUUACUACCGACUGGUUACAACCAGAGCUCUUGACAGGGAGCAGUUCUCCUUUUACAACAUCACUCUAAGUGCCAAGGAUGGAGGGAACCCAUCUCUGUCCACAGAUGCCCACCUUUUACUGCAGGUGGCGGAUAUCAACGACAACCCACCCUCCUUUUCCCGGGGGGCCUACUCUGCCUACAUUGCUGAAAACAAUCCCAGGGGCACCUCCAUCUUUUCAGUGCUGGCCUAUGACCCUGACAGCAAUGACAAUGCCCACGUAACCUACUCUUUAGCUGAAGAUACCUUUCAAGGGGCGCCCCUGUCCUCGUACGUCUCCAUCAACUCUGACACUGGAGUCCUCUAUGCUCUCCGCUCCUUUGACUAUGAGCAGUUCCAAGACUUGCAGCUGUGGGUGAUAGCGGUGGACAGUGGAAACCCUCCACUGAGCAGCAAUGUGUCGUUGAGCCUGUUCUUGGUGGACCAGAAUGACAACAUGCCUGAGAUCCUUUACCCUGCCCUCCCCACAGACGGGUCCACUGGUGUUGAAUUGGCACCUCGCUCUGCAGAACCUGGAUACCUGGUGACUAAGGUGGUGGCAGUGGACAAAGACUCGGGACAGAAUGCCUGGCUGUCCUACCGCCUGCUCAAGGCCAGCGAGCCAGGGCUCUUCUCAGUGGGGCUGCACACGGGCGAGGUGCGCACUGCCCGGGCCCUGCUGGACAGAGAUGCCCUGAAGCAGAGCCUGGUGGUGUCUGUGCAGGACCACGGCCAGCCUCCUCUCUCGGCCACUGUCACACUCACCAUAGCAGUGGCUGACAGCAUCCCUGAGGUCCUGGCUGACCUGGGCAGCAUCAGGACCCCUGCCACCUCUGAUGAUUCAGAACUUACCCUCUCCCUGGUGGUGGCAGUGGCUGUGGUCUCCUGUGUCUUCUUGGCCUUCGUCAUCGCGCUGCUAGCACUGAGGCUGCGGCGCUGGCAUGUGUCUCGCAUGCUCCAGGCUUCAAGAGAUGGGUUAGGGGGCAUCCCUGCCUCACAGUUUGUGGGAGUGGACGGGGUGCGUGCUUUCCUGCAGACCUAUUCCCAUGAAGUCUCACUCACGGCAGACUCGGGGAAAAGCCAUAUCAUCUUCCCUCAGCCAAACUAUGCAGACACUCUCAUCAGCCAGGAGAGCUGUGGGAAAACUGACUUCCUCUCAGCACCCCAGUCUCUACUCGAUGAUAAAAGAGAAGAAACCCCUCAGCAAGCCCCGCCCAACACCGACUGGCGUUUCUCUCAAGCCCAGAGACCCGGCACAAGCGGCUCCCAAAAUGGUGAUGAAACCGGCACCUGGCCCAACAACCAGUUUGAUACAGAGAUGCUGCAAGCCAUGAUCUUGGCCUCUGCCAGUGAAGCUGCUGAUGGGAGCUCCACUUUAGGAGGGGGCGCUGGCACCAUGGGCUUGAGUGCUCGCUAUGGACCCCAGUUCACCCUGCAGCAUGUGCCCGACUACCGCCAGAAUGUGUACAUCCCUGGCAGCAAUGCCACACUGACCAACGCAGCUGGCAAGCGAGAUGGCAAGGCUCCAGCAGCAGGUGGUAACGGCAACAAAAAGAAGUCCGGCAAGAAAGAGAAGAAGUAAUAUGGAGGCCAGGCCUUGAGUCACAGGGCAGCCUCCCUCCCCAGCCAGUCCAGCUUGUCCUUACUUGUACCCAGGCCUCAGAAUUUCAGGGCUCACCCCAGGAUACUGGUAGGAGCCAAGGCCAUGCUCUCCCGUUGGGAAACAGAAACAAGUGCCCAAGUCAACACCCCCUCUCUGUGCCCUAGGGGGUUGAAUAUGCAAAGAGAGUUCUGCUGGGAACCCCUAUCCAUCCAAUCAGUGAUUGCCCCCACAUGGGUAGUAGGAUUUGUGUGGAAAACCCUGCCACACUCCCUUAGUUACAGCUGAACUCCUCCACCUUCCAACUCAGUCAGGCUCAUUCAUCUCCUGCCCUCCUCCCCACCCCACCCACUCCUUCAGUCCCUCUUGAGCAAGGGCUGUUGAGGGGACAGGUGACCUAAGCAGGCUCCUAGUUCCGAAUUGUUGGGAGAAUAUCACAACCUUUUGGCCUCUCCUUCAGUUCAGCUUCCCCCCAAAGCAUGGUUUGGUACCAGUCUUCUCAUUUCCUUCUAGAGCGCGAGACUAGUGCUUAAGUUUAGGGGGACAGUCACCAUCCCCCUGGUAUUGAUGCUUGCUGGGUUUUGGGAAGGCAUUUUGCUACCAAGUCUCUUUUCAACGCCUGGGGACCAGUCUUUUGUGUUUCACUGUUUGAUGUUCCCACUGCAUGCUGUGACUCCCCUGCUCCUCAAAGAAGAGACUCCUUUGCAUGUCUGGAGACAGUAGGGGGUGGGAAGCUACAGGGACAAAACAGCCAACCCGCUAACAGGGUAUGCGGGCUCUGUGUGUACCCAGGGUACACCCAAUCCCCCAAUUCUAGCCAUAGACAAACACCAGGUCAGACCCCUCCACCCUGGUCCAGCCUGGGCUGAGCCACCAGGACCAGUGGAUUUAAGCUGGCAUUUCAGUCCAAGAAGACUUCCAAGUGGUUGUAGGACCAGAGAAGAAAGAGGAGCCUCUGUGGGUGCUGGGUACUCCAGAGGUGCCCCUGGUAGAAGGGUCAGUGGUCCUAGCAGGAAAGGAGACCAGGCAAGGCCAUUCUUGGCCCCUGGGUUGAGUCAAGGAGCUUGAACAAGGGAUCAAGUGGCCAUAAAGUCUCAGCCAACUGUGGGGCUUCUCCACUGGGCCCCUGUAGUUCUCAAGCCCCUGGCCUCCACCUUACCAGGUGCCAUUUCUUCUCAGAAGGCCUCUGCCCAGGCCCCAGGCUGCCCCUUCGUGGCCAGAGACUGGUUAAAGCCCCCCAGUGCCUCCUUGUGCAUAGAACUUCCUCUGCCCACCCUCCUCUGACCCCGGCCCUUACAGUAGUAUAGACGCCCCCCACCCCCGGCUGGUGUAGAAUAGCCAAUAGUGUAGUGUGGUGUGCUUUUACGUGAUGGCGAAGUGGGCAGCGGGCGGUGGGCUGUGCGCAGCCGUCUGUCCUUGAAUCUCAAUCUGCCUGCGCAGGCCUGUGCUGUGUUUUGUGCUGUGUCCACAACGCUGCGGCGACCCCUCCCUGUACUGACUCCUCUAUAAAAAGCUUCUCUUCGCAUAGUCACGUAGCUCCUGCCCAUCCCCCUUCUGAUAUCUCUCGCAAGUUUUAUACUCUAAUAUUUAUAUGGCUUUUUUCUUCGAAAAUUAAAAAUUAAAAAAAAAGGUUUCUUCUGAAAGGUUGACUGCGUCUGAGAUGGAACACAAGACAUGUGGGUGG